AUCUAAACAUUUGAAAACGUUGCAUCUCUCCGGACAGUUUGUCACAAUUAAUACCUAUUCAAUUUUCAAUUGUACAGAGAAUUUCAUGUUCAAGUAAUACGAUUCAACUAUUAUUCAUCUAUUUAAACCGGUACACGCCUGUGUUAGUUGUUGCGAAAUAUAAACGUAAUCUCAUUUAUUUAUAUUUAUGUUUUACGUUUACUGUCAGUCUGGUUUCAAAUCGCAAGUGUGAAACACAAUAUGGCGAGACGAAGCUACUUUUCGUAAUAACCUUCAUUGUUUCCUACAAUGAUUUAUCAUGCUUAGAAGAAGAAACAUAUUUGUUCACAUGAACAAGCAUGGAUUCUAAUGGUGGUAUGAAAUUGUCGGUUAGUCAAUCACAAACUGAAGAAGAAAAGAAUUCUGAGGUACAUGACGACAUAAUUCCUAAAGAAGGUGAAGCUGAAGUGAAUCCGAGCAAUGAAACAGUUAAUACUCAAGAUGUAGAACAAGACAAACCAUCAGAUAGAACUUUAGAAGGUGCUAGCAUAUCAAAUGAUGAAACAAGUCAGGAAAAUGUUUUAAGAGACAGUGAAUUAACUUUGGAAGAAAGUAAUAUAAAUAAGACAGUGGAUUCUGAUGUUACACAGCCAGCAAUUGAUGAAAGUGUUAUAGAAAAUGUUUCAGUGAAAGAAGGAUCAGAAUCAUUGGACAAGAGUGAGAUACAAAAAGAUAAAGUAGAAACAAUAGAAACUGUAGAAUCCGAGGUUUCACAAGAAAAAUCACGUGACUUGAACGUAAUUAACAAAUCAGUUGAUAACGAUGUUUUAAAAGAUCCUGAAACAAAUAAAUUAUCUGCUGCUAGCGAAAUUGAUGAUUUGGACAGCAAAAGAACUGAUCCAAAGGAGACAUCAGUAGAUAGUGAUAAAGAUGUAUCAGAGAAGAACAUUUUGGAACCCAAAAACAAAAAUUUGGAAUCCGAGAAAGAGAAUUUGGAACAAGAGAAAAAGGAUUUAGAGCAGGAGAAGGAUAAUGUGGAACCAGAGAAGGAUAACGUGGAAGUAGAGAAGAAUAAUGUGGAACCAGAGAAGAGUAACGUGGAACAAGAGAAGAAUAACGUAGAUCCAGAGAAGAGUAAUGUGGAACCAGAGAAGAAUAACGUGGAACCAGAGAAGAAUAACGUGGAACCAGAGAAGAAUAACAUGGAACCAGAGAAGGAUAACGUGGAACCAGAGAAGGACAACGUGGAACCAGAGAAGAACAAUGUGGAACCAGAGAACACAGAAUUCGUGCAGUUUUCUCAAGAGAAGCACGGAGAUUCACAACUGGAAAACCAAUCAAUGGACGCUGCUGAAGAUCCAUUCAGUGUAGAUAAUCUUAGUACCGAAAAUGUGGAACCGAUGGAAACUGAUUUUACUGAAACCGACAUAAGUUUCUCUAAACUGUGCAAUCAAGCUGACAAUUUGCAGGACAUUGUAAGUAAUAAGGAAAGCAAUUUCAAUAUUGUUGAGAAAGACAGCAGUAAAGGAAAUGAAGACGUACAUUCUCCGGGUGCAGUGGAGAAUGUUAGUAAAGAUGCUAAUGAAAGUCCGAUUGAGACAGAACAGAAUGAAAACUUAAAUAGAGAAGUUAUGGAGUCAACAGACAAAUGUGAGAAUGAUGAAACGAAGAAAACUGUUAAUGAAGUUACACCAAUGGAUACCGAAGAACAAUCGGACGUUUUACCGGGACAGGAUGAUGAGUUAUGUAUUAUUCCCGACAGUAUGAAGGUAAUAAUGCCUGGACAAACGGAAAAAUCAACCUCUGAAAAUAAAGAAUCUUCACGUGAAGAUAGUAACAAACAGAAUGAAUCGGAGAAAACGUGCGAAACUAAAGAAUUGGAUACUAACACUAAUAAAAAUUUAAAAGACCCUCAAACUGAAUCAAAUACCGUCAGUGAAGGUAGUAAAAAAAAUGUGGAAAAUAUUACAGUUGCUACAACAGAGAAAGAAACCGCUGAUAAAAGUUCUGCUGCUGCUACUACAACAGAUGUUAUAGAUGUCGAUGAAGAGGUAAAAAAUCCAGAGGUCGAAGAAAUCGCGAGGAAAGAGAUCUGCAAGCAAUGUAACGAGGAGAAAUCUUGUAAGAUUAAAGUGAAGGUUGGCUACGAGUCUUACAAUGUAUGUUCAAAAACUUGUAAAGCAUUGUUCAAAGCUGCCAAUAAUAAGGCGAUGGAUAUACCAAGCGAUGGGGUCAAUUCAAAGAAAGAGAAACGUUGCGCAAAUUGCUUGUUAAUCGUUGAACCUAGUGACGAACGUAAUCUUUCUUGGGAGACAAUGGAAUUUUGUAAUGAGGAAUGUCUAGGUAAAUUCCAAACAAAGUACGGAAGCUAUUGCAGAAAUUGCAAUGGAUCUGUCCAGGCAGUGAGUUUAGGGAAGUAUUGCGUACGUUUUGGCUACGAUGUCAGACAGUUCUGUUGCUCUACAUGUUUGGAAGAAUUUAAAAAGGGACUCAAAGUAUGCAGUUAUUGUCAAAAAGAUAUAAGUUCAAGCACGGAUGGCUUCCUCGCACCAGUCGGCGACAAAGGGCAGUUUAAGGAUUUUUGUACUCAAGACUGCAUGGAGAAAUAUUCGAAGAUGAGCUCUGUCGAGCCUCCGAGCAUGGAAAAGAAAUGUUGCAGCGUUUGUCAAGAAGAAAAAGUUGUUCACUGUGAGGUACAGAUAGACAGAGCCGAUCCAGUAGCAAUUUGCAGUGAACCAUGUUUUGCGGCAUUUAAAUUUGUAAAAAAGGUCGAUCCUGACCAGUGCUCCACGUGUAAAAAGUUCUUCGAAUUCGCGAACAAGAAAUGUUCAGUUGUAUUUUACGAAAACAAGGCUCACCCGUUUUGUUCCAAGACUUGUUUAAACAUAUUUAUCAUUACCAAUAGGAAUAUAGUUCCUUGCAAUUGGUGCAAAGUAAAAAAGUAUAAUUUUGAUAUGAUAAAGAAGGAACUGAAAACAGGCCAGGCGUUGAUGAUGUGCAGCUUGAAUUGCUUAACAUUGUAUCAGGUUUCCGUUAACGCAGUGUCAGCUAAACGCAUUAAUUGCGACUUCUGCAAAGAAUUCUCUCAAGCGCAAUAUCAUUUAACGAUGUCGGAUGCAACGAUACGAAACUUUUGCUCGUAUCAUUGCGUGAUGAACUUUCAAGCUCAAUAUACCAAGUCUCCGAUAACGAUCCCAGCAAGCGAUGAUCCCGUACCAACCGGUAUGCCUAAGAGAUCGAUACCCCGAGUAGAUAGAAAUACGAAUACCAGCGCUGGUGCGAAGACUACCGAUAUGCAGAACAAAAAGAACAUGCCUGUAAUUUCUUCGGUAACGAGUUUAGCCACGAUUGGAAACGGUCAGCCGAGUCCAACAACGCAACCGAACACCGUGAGCAGCAUGGUGUCGACGGUAGGCAUCGGUCAAAAUCCGACGCACCAAGUAAUUUAUAAGCAACACGUGAUAACGAGGCCGACGAGCCCGAUCCAGGUCCGUAAUAAAACGACUCAGUGUAAGCCUGUGAUACACACGAAAGGCGUCUCAGUACGGCCGCAUCCUUGCACAAAGGCCACGCAAACGGAUGGAGUUCACCAUGCGGUUGUACCGAUACCAGUUCCGAUUUAUGUUCCAUUUCCAGUGCAUAUGUACACGAUGCCUUUUCCAGUUCCAUUCCCUAUUCCAUUACCGAUUCCUGUCCCUCUUUUUAUACCUACUACAAGAAAUAGCAUUAAGGGAAUAUUUAAAGAAAUUAAGAGAAUACAGGAGAAGAUACCAGCCGAUCCCUUCGAGGCUGAACUUCUCAUGAUGGCAGAAAUGGUUGCGACGGAAAAGAAGGGCAAUGACAGUGACUCGGAUUCUGUGGAUGACAGGGAGGAAGAUACUGGUGAUCGCGAUCAGGCGCACAGCGGAGCAUUCAGUCCGGAAACGGUUGAUUCUAACAAUGCUUUCGGCGAUGAUAUGCUGCAAAUGGCAUUAAAAAUGGCAACUGGAGAGUUAGACGAGCCAGCUGUCGAUUUAGAAGCUGCAUUAACACCUACUACAAUCACUGCUACGCAAGCACCGGCACAGUCUGAAACAAGUAUGGAAAACGACGUGCAGUCGGAACGACUACUUGUCUCUCGGGGGAGGAAACGAAUGGUUCCAUAUAAAUCGCGAUCAACUCCGAGCAAACGGGGGAGACGGGUAUCGAAUACAAACGAAAUACCUUUAAUGCCACCACCUGUACCUCAGCCUCCACCUCAACCAAGAAUAAUAGAGCCUAUGGAAAAACCAGACGCUAAUAUGGCACUCAAAUAUACGUUCGGUGUAAACGCUUGGAGGCAGUGGAUAGUGGCGAAAAAUGCUGAAUUAGAGAAGCAAAGUACACCGACGAGAAAAAUAAAAUUGUUUAAAACGGACCUUCUGCAGCUUACAGCUGACGAAUUGAACUAUUUGUUAUGUCUCUUCGUGAAAGAAGUUAGGAAACCAAAUGGAGCGGAGUAUGCUCCGGACACGAUUUAUUAUCUUUGUUUAGGAAUUCAGCAGUAUUUAUUUGAAAACAAUAGAAUAGAUAAUAUUUUCACGGAUUCGUACUAUGAAAGAUUUACCGAUUGUUUAAACGAAGUUGCGAAGAAAUUUUCCGUUCUUUAUAACGACGCACAAUACAUCGUUACGAGGGUCGAGGAAGAACAUUUAUGGGAGUGCAAGCAAUUAGGUGCCCAUUCCCCUCAUGUUCUCUUAAAUACUUUAAUGUUUUUUAAUACUAAACACUUUAAUCUUGUAACAGUAGAAGAGCACAUGCAGUUAUCAUUUUCUCAUAUCAUGAAACACUGGAAACGUAAUCCCGCUGCACAACCUACGGCAACGGCGGGGAAAGUUCCAGGAUCUAGAAACGUUCUCCUCCGCUUCUACCCGCCCCAAUCAGCAUUGGAAGGUAAUUCACGUAAAAAGAAAGUAUACGAACAACAAGAAAACGAAGAAAACCCGUUAAGAUGCCCGGUGAAAUUAUACGAAUUUUAUUUGUCCAAAUGUCCAGAGAGUGUUAAGACUCGAAAUGACGUGUUCUAUUUACUACCCGAAAGGAGUUGCGUGCCGGACAGUCCUGUUUGGUAUUCGACGUCCCCAUUGGCUAAGGAACAUCUCAUAAAAAUGUUAUAUCGCAUUAAAAUGGUUAAAGAAAUCAACGUGGCAUUAUUGACUAGCUAACUUUUCAUGUUCGUAUAUUUACAUUUCCUCAUAGUUAAUUCGAAUAACAUAACGUACGAGAAAAUAUUCGCGUAUACAUCAGAUAAGAAAAUGUUCAGAGAUUGUGUAGUCAUUAAAUCUUUAUAAUUUCUAUUGUAUAUUUUUCACUUCCUAAUAAAACAAAAAGAACCUAUUA